AUGGUAAUGUCAUCGGCAUGCUGGGACCGGAAGAAGUUUGCUCGUAUGGCUUCUGUAGAAGAGCUAGACUCAAACUUGACCUUGCUUACGCAUCAUCCAGCGAUGAGCAGAAGGAGUUCGAUGAUUACGAGUCAGAUUGAAAAUCUAUCUACCGCAGAGAAUGCUGCGCAAAACCGCAAUAUUCAAUCACCGAUUGAAGUCUUUGUUAAUGCUGCUUCUAUUCUUACUCCACCUGGUACACCAUAUUCAGGGCGAACUGUUUCGCCAGAAACACCUGUCAGUCAAACUUUUGACUACGCAUCACAGAAUUUCGAUUCAAUCAGUAAUAAAGCAAAGGAUUUAAUUUCUACGCAUAUCAAAUCUGCUCCCAGGUUUGCAGUGCCAUUGUCCAAAAAGUUUUUUCGUUUUUAG